GUGAUUGAACUUGGGGGUACUUUACUACUGAGCCGCAGCCCCGCCCACUUUUUACUUUUUCACCUUGAGACGGGGUCUUGCUAAGUUGCCCAGCCUGGCCUGGGACUUGCCAUCCUCUCUCCACUGGAUGUGUUAAUCAGCUUUUUGUCACUGUGACCAAAAUGCCUGACAAGAACAACUUGGAGGAAGAAAAGCAUAUUUGGGGCUUAUGAUUUCAGGAUUCAGGCCUCUGUGGGCUGACUCCAUAGCUGUGGGCCUGAGGUGAGGCCGAGCAUCAUGGCAGAAGGGCCCUGGGGAGGGCAGCUCAGGACGCCAGUGAUCACAGAGGGUGGGCCAGCGCUUCCUCCCUGAGGGCCACUGGAUGAAGGGACGUAGAUGUCUGCCUCUUCCGGAGGAAGCCGCCUCGGGCAGCUGCCUGCUUGUUGAAGCCCUCGACCUAAGCUGUGGAGUGACUGGUGGCCGCCACGGCUCUGGAGGACCCCGGCAUGGUGGCUGGUUCCUGCAGAAUCAUCAGCUGGUUUGUACGGUCCUUUAAGUAUGCCUACGGCCUUCGUUUUGACAUCAAGGGCCGGGAGAACCUGGAGGUGGACCGGCCCUGUGUCAUCAUCUCCAACCACCAGAGCAUCCUGGACAUGAUGGGCCUCAUGGAGAUCCUCCCCAAGCGCUGUGUGCAGAUCGCCAAGCGGGAGCUCCUGUUCCUAGGGCCAGUGGGCCUGAUCAUGUACCUCGGGGGCGUCUUCUUCAUCAACCGGCAGCGCUCCAGCACUGCCCUGACUGUGAUGGCCGACCUGGGCGAGCGCAUGGUCGAGGAGAAUCUCAAAGUGUGGAUCUACCCCGAGGGCACACGCAAUGACAACGGGGACCUGCUGCCCUUCAAGAAAGGUGCCUUUCACUUGGCAGUGCAGGCCCAGGUGCCCAUUGUUCCUGUGGUGUACUCCUCCUUCUCUUCCUUCUACAACCUCAAGACCAAGCUCUUCACCUCAGGGACAAUCAAGGUCCAGGUGCUGGAUGCCGUUCCCACCAGUGGCCUCACCGUGGCUGACGUUCCCAAGCUCAUGGACACUUGCUACCACGCCAUGAGGAGCACCUUCUUCCACUUGUCCAGGACUCCCCAGGAGAAUGGGGCCAUUGAGGGACCUGCUGUCCAGCCAGCCCAGUAGCCCUGGCCAUGGGGUGGGGGACCUGGGGCAGGGCAGGCGGGAGGCAGAAGACUAGGAAUGGACAGAGGGACACCCCCUCCCAGGCUGCCAAAUAUCACGUGUCUGGCUCCCCGGCUCCCGGCUCUCACUUGGACCCUGGAAGCAGGAAGCCCUUUGUCACUGGCUUCAGAUGAAGGCCCCUGAUGUCUCUUCCAGGAGUGAGCUGGGAGGAGCCUCAUGCCUGUGCCCCCAGGAUCUGGUAUAUGGCCUCAGGCAGGCUUAGCCCCAAGCCUUCCGGGGAAACUGAGAGCCCCUGGGAUAUCCAGACUGAGGCCACCCCUGCCCUGGCCCAGGUCCUGGUAUACCUGCAGGGCCCACAGGCUGCAGAGUCAGGCUCAGGGGUCCAGGCCAUGGCCUGCAUCAGGCCUUCAGGGAGAGAAGAGGCUUGGGGGCUGGGACUGCCUGGUUUCACCCAGCCUGGGCCACAGGGAGCUGGAGGGCAGGGUCUGCAGCUCCCACCGGUUUCAAGGAUGUCUGUGGGUCAGUGUUGUACUCAGUUCUUUUUUAUAAAUGAACUCUUGGAAGUAA